UCUGCAGCUAAAUGUGUUUCCUGGAACCGAGAGGAACGCUCUGUCAGGAAGUGCAGUCUGAGUGUCACACACUGAGAUAAUAAUGGCAGACAAGCUUCCCGUCAGAGCCCUGGAGCUCGACCUGGCCUUCCUGAAGUCCAGAAGAGGUUUACUGAAGAUAUCAGAGAUGGUGGUUCUUUUUGUGGCAUUUGUGUGUUUUGCGGUGGCUGCCAGGCCCCCAUAUAUCGCCGCCACAUGUGUGGAGUUUAUCGUCACCCUUGCUCUCGUUCUGCUGUACCUGCUGAAGCUCAACAAAACCAUCACCUUCUUCUUCUGGCCUCUCAUCGAUGUGUUCAACUCGGUCUUUGCAGCGACCUUCAUCUUAAUAAUAAGCAUCAUGGCUUUGUCCACUUACACAGUGCAGGGCACUUUAGCUGGAGGGAUAGCGAGUCUUGUGGCUGUGGUGUUGUGGUUUGUGGACGGAUUUCACCUCUUCAAGAAAAUCACCUUCAACCAGCCGAGAGGAGCAACCUAAACAGGAGCGACUGCCGCCGCCUUCGGGCCUUCGGGCCUUCGGGCCUUUGGUUUAACCCUCUGAUCUCUCUCUCUAUGUCUUCAUCUCCUCUUAAACUCUCCUCUAAAGGUUCUUCAUAGAACAGGAUCCUCAUCUGUUUCAUAUCUAAACGCUUCGUUUUCUUCAUCACUACUUUCCA